AUGGCAUAUUAUAUGGCUACAGAGGGAACAGUUUCAAGGGGCAUCGGUCGCGAAAAGUACGUGAAGGAGCUGCAGAAACACGUACAGGUCGACGUGUACGGAAAGUGCGGGUCUCUCACGUGCGGCAGGAAUCAUCGUGACACCUACUGCUACACUGACGUCCUCUCCGUCGGUUACCUCUUCUACUUGUCCUUCGAGAACAAUCUGUGCAGGGAUUACGUAACCGAGAAGGUGUGGUUUGCGAUGCUUCACGGGUUGGUGCCGGUAGUCUAUGGAGGGGCUACAUAUAAGGACUACCUCCCCCCACACUCCUACAUUGAUGCGAGGACUAUGUCGCCGAGCGAUCUUGCUAAACUCCUUGUCAAGCUAUCCAAGUCCCCCACAGAAUACGCUCGCUAUCACCUCUGGCGCCGGUACUGGAAGGUCACGCCGUUCCCUCCCUUCUGCGAAAUCUGCUUCAAGCUUCACCGGGAGAGCAGCGUGACGACCGUGCCCGACCUCCAAGCCUGGUGGACCUCGGCCAAUAACUGCACUUACCUGCAACCGUCCUCGGCUUCUGGGGUCGAGUCCUUCUCGGAAAAGUUGUCCGGAGCCGCGAAGAUGCUGACCCUCUGGGCGAAGACGGCUCUACAGGUCAUGCAUUGACUUUGUAUGACCUCUGAUCUCGGUUGGAUGAGCUGAGGUUUCUUGGUGCGGAAAUACAUUCGGUUGUUGUUUCAAGUUAUGCCAGGAGAGAUUUUGCGAUGCGUCCCUUGUUCGGUUUUAAAGAAUUGUCUUAUUUUCUGGAUAAAUUAUUUAAGUUUUGUGUACCACGGAAGUGAUUGUUUAAUAAAAACAAAAAUAACUA